AUGCAAUUGCGGCUCCCCUUGUGGUACAUCUUCGUCCUCCUCUGGGCGUUCGCCCUCAGGGGUCGAGCAGCGCCCGCAUGCCGGACCUCCAAACAAGCUCGCGACGACGGGGACGACGAUGACAGCGACGAUGAUGACGACGACGAUAACAACAGUAGCAGCAGCAGCAACCAGCAUAACGCCUGUGGACAACACAACGGCGUGAGCGGGGGAGCUGUCGCCGGUAUCGUAAUCGGUUGCUUGAUAUUCCUGCUCCUCCUAUGCAUCCUCCUGGCAUGCUGGUAUCGGAGGAGGACGCGGUCCCAAAAGCAAGUCAUCUUGGCGGCGGCGGCAGUGGCCCCAACCCCUCCCAUGAAGGAGCUCAGCCCUUCGUUCCGCUCCAACGGCGGUCACCCCCCUUCCAUCCAGCCUUCAUCUCUAGUGACGCACUCCUCGGCCUACACUGUCCCAGGACCCGUCAUAUACUCCGACACCAUGGGACGCGGCCAGACGCGGGAGCUCCGCAACCUCCCCCCGCCAAUCGCAGGCUCUGUCGACUCUAUCGCGCUGCCCAACCCCUACGAGCAGGGCACCCCACCGCUUCUGCCCCCGCGCGACGACGACGCUACAUCGCCAACCUCCCCCGUGUCACGCUACGCGUCAGUGUACUCCACCUCGUCGCCGACGGAAGCAUCGGGCUCGCACUCGCACGCGCGGUCGUACUCGUACUCGGUCGCGCCGUCGGCGUGGACGAGCGACGACAGCGGGGCGCCGCUGCUCUCGCGAGGCACCACGCAGGCGUCGCGCCUCACGGCGACCUCCAGCCUGCACGAGGAAAUGGCCGGGUACCAGAAGGCUCUCGAGGCGCAUCAUCAGAAGGAGCAGGAUGACGCGCAGCACCGGGAGAACAGGAUCGGAGAGGGCUCCGCGGUCCCGGAAGACCCGCCGCCGGUCUACCGUGACAGAGAGGAGGGCGAGUCGUGA